CAAGGGUGAUGAGUGCUUUUGUCCGCGCGUAUGUGCAUCAACUUGGAAGCAUAGCGCGCGCCGGGCCAUUCCAAUGCUUGCGAAGCUUAGCGCGGCCGCCUGACGUACUGCAUGCCGCCUGAUCCAUUUAGCCACUGGCACAGAUAGAGUGCAAAAGGGUUUUGAAAACUCCUAGAAGGGCAAGCCCUGAAACCCUUUUACCAGCUCUAGAAGAAACACUUCGAUCGGCACAAUGGCGCUUUGCAUGGCGUUGGUGAUGGCUUUGGCCGCCAGCCGCCGGCCUGCUGCUGUUCUGAUCUAGGGGCAGCUGCCUAUUGCACCCCCUUGCAGCUAGAGCGCUGCGAUGAACUAUUUCGUAGCGGCCUGCGCGUACAGACUAUUCUUUAAGGAUGUAAUGCUGUAGCUUUGACUGCGUAGUAAAGCUGAUUGCUUGGAAUUAAUGUGUGGUUACUGGACCUGAUCGCACCUGGUUUCUAUGUAGUCUCCUUUGGGGGCAAGCAGAGGAGCCAUGGAGGAAGUCCGACAGGACCCCUCCGCCCUCCUCUUUGCCCAAGAACAGCCGGCAUGGACGCUUUCCAAGCAAAUGCUGUCGGGAGGGGUGGCAGGAAUGCUGGCGGACGGUGUGACUUAUCCAAUGUGUACCGUCAAGUCACGGAUGCAAGUCCAGGGUGCUCAGCAGGCUGCUGGGAAGGUGGCAUAUGCAUACAAGGGGCCGCUGGACGCACUGUGGACCAUAGCCGCCAGGGAGGGCUGGCGCACACUCUUCAAGGGCUUUGGGACAGUGGCGCAAGUGGCUCCCGCACAGGCCCUGUACAUGGGGGCAUACCAGGCUUCCAAACAAUUCCUGCCAGGUAGUGAGGAGUCUCCGAUGACCCAAUUCGCCGGGGGGGUCAUCGCUACAGUGGCCCAGUCCCUAGCGAUGGUCCCCCUGGAAGUGGUCCGACAACGUCAGCAAGUGCAAACCAACACCAGCGGGGCGUAUCAGGGGUCGCUAGACGCUGCGAGGACCAUCAUUCGUUCGGAAGGGCCACUAGCUUUAUAUCGGGGCUUCGCCAUGACACAGAUGGUGUGGGGCCCCUUCAACGCCAUUUACUUGCCCAUGUGGGAGGGAACCAAAGUAUUGGCCGCCCGAUACACAGGCGUCGGAACGGUCGAUCAACUCGACGUGCAAUGGGAGCUAGCGGCCUCGUUCGGCAGCAGUGCGGUCGCAGCGGCGGUCACAAAUCCCGCGGAUGUGAUCAAGACGCGGCUGCAAGUCCAGGGUCGCAGCAACAUCGCCUCCAGCACCAACUACUCUGGCCCGAUCGACGCCGUAAAGUCCAUUCUCCGGCACGAAGGGUUGAAAGGAUUCUUCCGCGGCACCAUGUCGCGCGUUUGGUGGGUUGCGCCGAGCUCGACAAUCAUGUUCACGUCUUAUGAUCAGCUUAUGAAAGCACUAGCGUGAUGCCGCACGCUAGUGAUCGGACCGAGGGUGUCGGAAGGGACUGUAAUUUCACACUUGACCGCAGGAAAGCCAGCAAGUGUACUGCAUUGCAGUAACGCGGGUUGCAGAAGAUUUGACGCAGUUGCCUUACGCGGUUGCGCGGCUGGCUAGACAGUAGUUAGGUGUAGGAGUUGCUGCUUUGCUGCUAAGUCAAAGGGACUUCGCUUUGUUACAUAUGAUAGACUGUAGUUAUAGGGUCGCGCCCGUUUUGGCAUGCAUUAUCGAUAAUUCGAAGCACUGCAUACUAAUUAGGAGUGCAUGGCUUGCGCUUCACACUAAGUUUUCUUAGUAAGGUUUCUGAGUUCGCA